AUGACUAAAACAGAUAUCGUCGGUUUGAAAGGAUCAAGGUCAUUCCCCAUUGGCCAGGAGGAUGUCGAGAAAGUAGAUCUUAAGUACAACGUAAGACAUUUCAAGGAGGCCCCAUUAUCCAAAUCAGCUCAAGAUGUUGACUUGAUAGACUUGGAUACGAUCGACCUUUCGUUAUUUAAAGAUGGCCCUGAGAACCUUUCAGCGAGGAAGGAAUUGGCUGCGAAAGUUGAAAAGUCCUUAUCAACGUAUGGGUUCAUUGCCCUUGAAAACCAUGGCAUUUCGAUUGAAGAGUUUGACCAUUUGCGUUCAAUUGCCCAAUCCACAUGUGAACUCCCUGAGGAAAUUCAGAAGAAACAUUUGGCUGGUGCAAUGAAGUCCGAUUUAGAGGAUCGGUCUAAAUCUCUAGGUGGUGAAAGAGGAGCAGGGUUCAAGCCUCGCAAGUAUUGGUCCAUGAAAAAUGGUGUAGAAGAUUCUAUCGUUUUAUACAAUUUCAGAGAGAUGCAACAACCCAAGUUCUUUGAUACCGAUCACAACAACUAUCCUGAGCUAGUAUUGCAUCAUUUGCCUGAGAUUGCAACCUAUUUUAGGAAAUUACAUAAUGAGGUGUUGCGGAAGUUGACCAUCUUAUGCGAUAUUGUGUUAGAAUUGCCUAAAGGUUUCUUGUGGGAGAACUAUUUUAAAGUAGUUGAGGACGAUUAUGUCAAUUCUGGACAUGGUUUUGGAAGGUUUAUGUUCUACGAUGAAUUAAACAAAGAAGAUGAAAAGAAAGUUGACAAAAAUUGGCUCAGAGGACAUUCAGAUAGUACCGGCUUUACAUUCAUCACUUCGCAGCCAAUUUUAUCGCUUCAAAUUAGAGACUACUUCACUGGUAAGUGGAAGUACGUGGGCCAUAAGCCUGGAGGAUUAAUUGUAAAUAUUGGAGAUUCGAUGGAAUUUAUCACAGGUGGCUAUUUCAAAUCUUCCAUUCACCGAGUGGUUUCUCCACCUGAGGAUCAAAGAGGGUAUAGGAGGUUAGUGUUAAUAUACUUUUGUAAUCCGAAGUACCCUGCGGUAUUAGACCCGGAGCCUUUGAAUUCUCCUAAAUUACAGAGAUUGGGAAUUGGAAAGCCCGGUGAGUGGGAUAAGAUUACUUUCAAGGAGUGGGAUGAAGAAAAGGGAAGGUUAUUUGGUAAAAAGGCUGUCAAUGAUUCUCCAGGAGAUGAACCAAACUUGGUUUUGUUAUAUGGUAGAUUGCACGAGAGAUGGCACCAGGCAGAAAGCAAAUUUAACUUGGAGGAGGCCAGAAAGCGGUUUAACAUAAUUGAGAUUUAG